AUGAGACUUAAUGGACGCUUGGAAAAGUCGCCGACUUUAACCUACUCCGAAAAGCACCCUAUUAUAUUACCGUAUUCAUGUAGAUUUACAUUACUUUUAAUAGAAUUUGUGCAUUUGAUUUCCAUUCACGGUGGAAAUCAGUUAAUGCUGCGAAUACUUCGUAUGGAAUUUUGGGUCCCACGUUUGAAAUGUAAAAUUCGUGGAGUGAUAAGUCGUUGUAAAUGGUGUAUAAUUGACCGUAAACGAGCGUGCAGCCAGAUUAUGGCAGCUCUUCCACCUGAGAGGACAAUUAUUAAUAGACCUUUCACUAAUACUGGGAUUGACUUCGCUGGUCCCUUUGAGAUCAAAAGUUUUACUGGUAGAGCUUGCAAGAUCACUAAGGGCUACGUUUGCAUUUUUGUUUGCUUUUCAACUAAAGCAAUUCAUUUAGAGGCUACAUCAGAUUUGUCAACGCCAAACUUUAUGGCAGCUUUUCAGCGUUUUAUUUCCCGUCGAGGUUGUCCAAAUACGAUUUUUUCCGAUAAUGGCACUAAUUAUGUGGGUGCUUCGCGUCAAUUAAAAAAAGAUUUUAAAUCAUUUCUUAAGGAAAGUCAGUCUCUGAUAUGCUCUUCUUAUGGAGUUCAAGGUGUUUCAUGGCGUUUUAUCCCAGCCGGCGCUCCCCACAUGGGUGGUCUUUGGGAAGCUGGUGUGAAGAGUUUUAAACUUCACUUUAGAAAACAAGCUCAAGCCUUUAAAUAUACCUUUGAAGAGCUUUCCACUAUUCUGGCUAGAAUCGAGGCGUGUUUAAAUUCCCGUCCGCUAUGUCCCAUGACGGAUAAUACUCAGGAGCCAGUUGCUCUGACCCCUGGACAUUUUUUGAUUGGUUCGCCCUUACUAGCACCCCCAGAGCCUCCAACAUUAGAAUCGCCGAUAAGCUUAGUUAACCGGUUUCGGAAAAUGAAAGCUAUUACUCAACAAUUUUGCGAACGAUGGAGGAAAGAGUAUUUAGUGAGCUUACACAAACGCUAUAAAUGGAAGAAUCCGACCCGCGAUAUUCAGGUUAAUGAUCUUGUCGUAAUUCGUCACGAACAACUACCUCCCACUUCUUGGCGUUUAGGUGUCGUUUUGAAGGUUUAUCCGGGAAGCGACGGACACGUUAGAGUCGCGGACAUACGGACUACAAAUGGUAUUGUAAAACGACCCAUAACUAAAUUGGUCAUUCUGACCAAUUAA